AAUUCAGGAGUUCACAAUGGGCUCUGUCACAGCGUCACGGGUUUUGGAUCUGUUUGCCGUUUUGUCUCUGCUGCCUCUGUUGAUCUACGCGAACCGGAUUAUCACAGACACACCGGACCGGCACAAGUCCACCUCCACCGGGCUCGGGGUGAGGGAGCACUCACAGAUUGUUGCCCAGCACAAUAGGCUGCGCAGCCGGGUCCAACCCAUGGCAGCUAACAUGCAAAAAAUGGAGUGGAAUGAGAAGUUGGCCUUACUGGCAAAUGAGAGGGCAACAUCGUGUCACACAGACGUCCCCCCUCAACACUCCUCGUCUUUCAGUCACAUCGGCUGGAACACGCAUCUUUCUGCUGAUGGUAUCACCUCAUUUUCUGACGUCAUUGACUCUUGGUUUGAGGAAGGAAAAGAUUUUCUCUACUUGAGUGGCGAAUGUAGAGAGAACGCCACCUGUCAACACUAUACACAGUUGGUGUGGGCCACUUCAAGUCACGUGGGCUGUGCCAGCCGGCUGUGUCUGAUGGACGGAGACCACUGGGAGUUAUUUGUUUGUGCAUAUUUCCCUGGGGGUAACUGGGAGGUGAAGGGUCAGCUGGUGAUGCCCUAUAAGACAGGGCUGUACUGCUCUCUCUGCACCUCUUCCAUGUCUGGCUGCUUUAGACUGUGGGACCAUGUCAGUGGAUUAUGUGAGAUUCCAAGGAAUCCAUGCCGUAUGAGCUGUGGUCAUCACGGUCAUCUUAACAGCUCAUCUUGCAAGUGCAUGUGUGACCCCGGCUUCACAGGACGCCUCUGCCAGGUACGAUGCAGUGUGCAGUGUGUUCAUGGUCGUUUCAAAGAAGAAGAAUGCUCUUGCUUGUGUGAUGUUGGCUACGGUGGUGCUGAGUGUGCAGAGAAAGUGCAGUUUCCCUUCCGCAGCUGUGAUGUGAUGAUAGAUGGCGAUUGCUUCAUGGUGUCUUCACAAGCUGACACUUACUAUGGAGCCAAGAGUCACUGUCAGGAACGAGGGGGUAUUCUAGCUUACAUCCACAAUCAAAAGGUUCAGGACAUCCUGGCCUUUUAUCUCAGUCAGCUGGAGACGAGCAACGAGGUCACCAACACUGACUUUGAGACACGAAACUUCUGGAUUGGUUUGACAUAUAAGCCUCUGAAAGACUCAUUUCGCUGGGACACAGGAGAGAUCCCUCGAUUCAGCAGCUUUGCCUUUGGGCAACCUGACAACCAAGGCUUUGGAAACUGUGUAGAGAUGCAGGCAUUAAGUGCCUUUAACUGGAACGACCAGCGCUGUAAAACACAGAACCGAUACAUUUGUCUACAUGCUGCAGAGCACAUUGCCCAAUGGGAGGAUGGCAGGUGACCUGGAUUUCUCAAAGGGGUGAAACUAGGUGUGCAGUACAUGUCACAUGGUGGUUGGGACAUUGGUCACUUGUUGGCAUAUGUUAUAUCAAUCAUUAUACAUGUACCAGUGCAGUUUAGAUGUACUGCA